AUGAGUCGAGAUCGGGUAAAUCCUAUCACCUAUUUGGUGCGUCGGCUAUCGAAGACCCUCUCACUCAACCGUGGCUCGGUUACAAGUGCUGACUUGGAGGACCUCGCUGAAUAUGUUCACCAUCCCCAUGUUCGCCUUCCUUCUGCCACACGCGAGCGCACAAGCCGCUCAUUUGACAGAUCUCGUAAAGGUGGUGUGCCAGUAAGAUCAGCUAGUGCAUGCCCCGCGCCUCUUGCAGCAGCGGAUUGUUUCGAUAUCACUGAUGUGAGCGAUGCGGAGGCAGGGUCUAGAGAUCAAUUAUCAGAUAGUAAGGCCGAAGAUGGAAGUGAGGAUGGAUCUGUGACUCCAAUUUCUUACUCUGAUAGUGAGGAGUCACAGUCCAUGCACAAAGCUGCGGAGGAACCACUUUUCACAUACUCAGGGACUCCCACUGAUCAAAUCUAUGAUUUUAGCUACCCCGAGGUACUGGGAGAUAUGAGUGAAUGUGGUUCAGUUUCGACUGUUCAAAAAAGAGACUCCUCUUCAAGCUCAAACUCAAUAGAUUUGGAAUGGAGUGAAGUAAGUUCUUCAGAAGGGGAGGUUGAAAAUGUUGAACUGGAGGAGGCUCAGGCUCCAAUGAAUCAACCUUCAGAGGCAAGUAAAGAGGGUGCUAGUAUUGAAGAGAAGGCCUACAGGGAGAAUCAUCAGGAUAGUUACGAAGACUAUAGCUAUUCGGAGUUUGAAGUGCAGCACGAUCCUCAGCAGGACCCAUUCCAUGAAGCAAUUCUCAUUGCUGAAAGGCAAAUACAAUCCUCACAUCCUUAUCACCUUAAUAUGAAUACAUCUCCUCCUGCAAUACUAGUCACAUCCCCAUCAAAUCACGAUAUAACCCAAAAAUCACCAAGCCGACCUCCACCCCCAGUCACAAAACCCGUUCCGCCACCAGUGCCACCUCCUCCCAAGGAAGUAAUACCGCACGGAUCAGAGCCCACUCGACCACCACCACCAAGGCCGUCAUCAAAACCGGAAUUGCCACCUUCAGAGACUCCAACAAGCCCAGCACGAAGGAAAAAGCACAAUAUAUUUGGAAUUAAUAUUGGUCCUCUGCCCUCCGAUCCGGACCCAGACUUUCCGUUUGAAAGUCACUUUGAGAAGAAACGAAUAGUUCCCAACCCAAAAAAAGUACUUCAGCACAUCAUCGGCGGUGAAAAGAGGAAGCAACGCCUCAAGCGAAAAGAGGAGGCCGAACUUGAGCGGAUUAUCAAGUCGAAGCCUGCAGAGAUAGGAGCAAACAAGUCGGAAGAACUCAACUCCUCCACAAAAGGCUACCUUUCGGAUUGGCGUGAGUUUCAGGCUCGUGUUGAAGCAACAGUGACUGACACCGCCUCGAGACUAGAGUCUCUAAAGUGGACUGCAGAGACCACUGACGACGAAAAGGGGAAUAUAAUCAGCAGUUGGGCCAAUUUUGAGGCCCAUCAAGAACCACAAGUUGCAGUCGAUUGGGCGGAAUUCGAUACAAAGGAAGAAUCAGACAAACCCACCAGUCAAGAAGGCUCUUCGGAAAAUUCGAUUCAAGAGGAGCCCUCUGGCUCUAAAAUCGACGUUUCAGAUCAGGAGAACGAUUGGAUUGCUUUUGAUGACUUGCGAAGAAUAGACGGAACGGGCUUCGUGACACCUCCAAAUAGCAACUGGGCAUCGGUUGCAAAAUCUGAACCAACCGAAAGUGGAGAUAACUGGGCUAACUUUGACCACACUGAUUUCCUUAAUUCGAAUAAUUCAGUUGCUGAAGCUCUCUCAAAUAACCAAUCGGCGCAUUCUUUACCAUUUAAAAUGGAUGAAAGCCACGAUUCACCUUUGCAUCAGUUUUCAACUCCAGACUUACAGAUGAGUGAAGUUAAUCGCUCUGAGACCGAAGAAAGAAAGAAGAAUUUGUCUCAAAUUGAAGACAUGUCAGAAGGUAAAGAUGUUUUUCCCAUAGAAAAUGAAGCUUCUGAGGAAAUGAGUAUUAGCCAACAGAAAGUGGAUGCCACUGUGGCAGACACCAAAAGCACUGUGAACAGUCAACAAAUAGAAGGAAGAUAUAAUUCAUCAAAGGGUACAAUAAGCUCCCAAUCCUCUUCACUCGAUCGGGAAUCAUCUUGGCCCAACCAAAUCCAGCACUACGGAUACGACGAUCCUUCCCAAAUGACAACCGAAAUAUAUCAAUCAUCACUUGAGGAACCCACAUUUGUAGACGAACCCAGUCUUUCAUCUGUUUCAAUUGAUCAAGAAAACUCAAAAGAUUACCAAUAUGAUAAUCGAAGCGAUUUAAAUACUGCACUGAACGCUCAGCCACAACCUUCAAAAUAUGGCGACUCCUAUGGAUAUGAUGUGGUAGAUGUCGAUAAUCUAUCGGUAACAGAAAAUAGCAGUGUGACUGGUUCUGACGUGCAGGAUUUCGUUUCAGACGUCAUUAAUACGGCUGAGACGAAGGCGACUAAGAAACUUCAUCCGGAAGUUGUGAACCUCUGCACAAACAACGUUAAAUCCAAACCUCGGACAGUCAGACAGGGUACGUUAACGGAAAACAAUCCCUUUCGUAGGGCUUUGAGAACGGAAGACUCAAAAAACGUUGAUCAAGAGCUUAAUCCGGAAGAAUUGGCAAUUGAAGAUGAAAAGACCACUAUUGCUACGGUGGCGCUCUUUAGUCAGUCAGUGCAUGAUGAAGAUGAGGACUUGGAAGAAAAUGCUGUAGACUAUGCCAGUGAAGAGAGAUCUGAAACGCCAACGAAUCAAAAUUUUGAUCCGUUUCAAACAAUUUAUCCUAUUUCAGAAAAAGAUAGUUCCAGCGAUGCUGAGGAAGAAAAGUCAAGUCAUGCUGUACCCCACCUUUCAAUUAAGAAAAGGGCUAGUGACAAUCAAAAAAUGCACGAGGAAACCGCAACCUUCCCUCUUCUUCCAGCUCCUCCAAAGACUGAAGUACCAGCUUAUGCGGAUGACAUCGCUCUUAACGAUGAAGAUGACAAAUUUGAAAAAGGACUAAAUGAACAAAAUAACAUUCUGAAGGAUUUGGCUGUGCAAAGUUCAACGCCAUUAGGUUGGGAGACCUUCACCUCGGAUAAUACUGUGGAUAACGUUAACGCAACGGAUGAUGAAUUGAAUAAGGCAUUUGAGGUUGAUUGGUCGAAACCACCGGUUCCAACAGCAUCACUACCUGAACCACCACGGCCAGAAACGCCUGAUCCUGAUCUAGAAGUUCCAUUUAACCCCCCUGCUCCCACAAAUCAAGUGUGGAGACUGUGGAUUAGGUAUCCAGAGAAGAAGAAGAAAAUGAAGCAGAUGACAAAGUACACUACUGACCGCAGUUGGAAGGAGAUUGCUGUUACAUUAUCUGAUGACCGAGGACGUUGUGAGGUUAAUUUGCACGAUAUUGACCCGAACGGCAAGGAUUACGUGAAAGAGCCCUACCGAACGCUACGCAUAGAGCCCUAUAUGCAGUUGUCGAGGUGUAAACUUCAACAGUACGACAAAUAUGGCAAACUUAACAUAUUCAAGAUAAAUCAUGUCUCGUACCGAGAACUACCAGGAAUGCGUCCAGAAAAAUUUUCCAUUAAAACCUUCCAUAAUUUAAUCUCCCACAAGCCGAAACAAAAUAUAACUCUUGAUCACAUUCCCGUGUACACGGAGAUUCUCAAAUUCGGUUCAAUGGACAGGACUCUGAUGCGGAGUCUAAUGUCAAUUUUGGAAGAUUCCCUAAUGCGAAUUCCGGCUCACAAAGAUGAGGGCCUUAAUUAUACUCACGAGGAAGUUUGUUGUUAUGUAGUUGAUGAAUACACUGGAAGACUCUCAGUCAAUGGAAUUAUAGAAGAGCAGAAGGCACGGACGAGAAUAUUUUGCAGUGCAUUCGUGAAUGGAGGGCCUCAUAUUGUAUUGGGCAUCAACGACAAGUGGCGUUUCGGAAGGGAGAUUGUGCGGCGAUCAGAUAUUUUACCAGUGAUGCAUGACGACUGGAUAACUAUUUGGAAGCCGGAGUUUCACUCCUGUCUCGAGAUGGGUGAUUACGAAAGUGACCAUUUGCUGAAGUUUUACCCACUUGAUGGGUGUAAGUUUGAGUUAAUGAGGUUUCGUGUUAGUCUUCGAUGCAACCGGGAGCUUCCAAUGCAAGUUCAUUGCACCUACUCGAUAGACGAUAGAAAAAUAUCGAUGCGGUGCGAGUUACUAGUUCCAGGUUACUUCACAGCCACAGGACGAUCAGGAGCUGUUCCUUGCGAAGACGUUGAGGUUCGAAUACCUGUGCCUGAAGAAUGGAUUUAUCACUUCAGAUUUGAGAAACAUCACAAGAUGGGCUCAGUGCACUCAACGCUGAGGAAACCAGGAAGAAUAAAGGGUCUGGAGCGGAUCACACAAAUGGCACAAAGUCUGCUACCGCCCAGUUUACUUGAAGCUAGCAUUGGAUCAGCUAAGUACGAGCACCUGUUUAAGGCUAUAGUUUGGCGCAUCCCUAGAGUGCCGGAGAAAAAUGAAGCCUCUUGCCGGCCUCACCUUCUGACAUGCAACCUUCUUCUAAGCGCUCACGAUACGGUCCCGGAAUGGAAUGUUCUUGUAAAGGACGUUCAGAUUGAAUUCAACAUGCCAUCGAGCACUGUUUCUGGGACAACUGUCAGAUCCAUCUCAGUGGAAACGACAGGGAUUGCCGAGAAGUUCGUAAAGUACACAGCCAGAUAUCGCCUCACCAAAGCAAUCGACUACCAGUUGGGGCAUAGGAAAGACAAACCUCUGAAGGGUAUUUUAGAUGCAGAAAUCGAUCAACCAACAUCAUCUUCAGAUUCUGAGUCAGAGAGAGAGGACGAGAUUGGAAACACAGAAACGCCUCAAGAUUCAAAGUGCAGAAUAGAAGAGUCUGGAGUUGCGGUUGCUGAUCUCCUCGGCGAAGGUCUAAAUGAGACGACUCCACCUCACUCAAAGGUCGCGGUUAAACCCGAAGCCGCGCAAUCGGAAGAAUUAGUUGGUAUCUUUGGCUAA